AGUUUUAACUUAAAACAUCUUUAACGAUGAAACUCCUUUCUGUAUUUUCUCAUAUUCAGAGCAGCACAACAAAAAUUUGUAUUAAACUCUCAGUUUUAAUUGAGACUUCAUGCACACAACAUGUUGAAUAUGUCAAAUAAAAUUACAGACAUUGAUAUUCGAGGGAAACAGUCAUUGGAACUUUUUAAAAGUUGGCUAGCUAAGCAUCGUUUCUUAAAAUAUACAGGAACUGAUAGCAUCGAUGACCUUUUGAUGUUUUAUUUGAGAGUCAAAAAAUUCUCAAUGCAGAAAACUUUUGAGAGCUUUGAAUUUACAAUUCCAUUUAUCCAUUCUCAUCCAGAUUGGUUCUUAAAUCCAGGUCCAGCUGAUUAUGAAUUCACAGACAAAGCAAAUUCACCUUUAAUAUUUUUGAAAAAUCUCGAUUCUGAAAAAAGAAGAAUUUACAUCUAUAAGAUGAAGAACUUUGAAAAUUUUGAUAAUAUUGAAUUUUUGCGUAGAUAUUUCUUGACUCCACUGCUUUGCAUGUUUGACAUGGAUGUACAACUUAAUGGUGUUGUAGUUGUUGUGGACUUUAGUGAUGUGAAUUUAGGAAAAGUAAGGAAAAUUCCUAUUCAACAGAUCUACGAUGCAAUGAAAUUGAGCAAAUACGGUUUGGUACGACUCCAACAAUUAAAUAUUAUCGGAUUUCCUUCGUUCCUCAAACCAAUUUUUGAAUUUGCAAAGAUAUUUACUUCAGCAAAAAUUCUUGGGAGAAUGAAUUUUAUUAAUGAUGUGACGGAGCUUACGAAGCAUAUGGAUGUGUCUGUGCUACCUAAGGAAUAUGGAGGAUCUUCAGUUGAAUUCCAAGAUUAUGAAGCAUUUAAGUUUGGAAUAGCUUAUAUGAAUAAAAUUCACAAAUUUGAUGUGAACUUCAGCAAAAUUCAAGAAUAUGAAAAUGUUGGAAGUUUCAGGAAGCUAGAAAUUGACUGAAAUUGUUAGGAAUCUUUAAUUAUGGACAUAUUAAUUGUAUAAAGUCAUGAAGAUUGUUUCAAAUGUGUAAUAAAUUAUUGAAAAUUAUUUCAAUAAAGUGCUAAGUCAUCAAAUAAUGUCAUUUGUUACUAAUCGAAAUUUAUGUCGAAAUUUUGGUCUGGAAUGCUUGAAUUUUUCUUAUUAAAGCUUUUCACCAUCAUGCUGUUUUCUCCUUAAUGAGGUUUACAAAUCCUUAUUGUAUUUUCUCAUAUUCUCUUUCCGAACGCUCUUCUUUG